AUGGCCCCGUCGAAGGGAGGCGAGCUGCGCGAGCGGGCGUCUGCGGGCCACAGCGUCAGCGCCUUGCAUGUCCGGACAGCCAGCGGCGGAUUUCAAAAGCACCAGUCUGCGCCCCUGCCCAGGCUGCAGCCUCUCGAGACGACAUCUUCGCCGACUGCCUCUGUCGUCAAUGAGGAGCUGCCCGCCCCAAUGGCCGCGGCAGCUCCGAAGAGGGUCGCUGUUUUCGUCGAGCCGUCGCCAUUCACCUACGUUUGCGGGUACAAGAACCGCUACUGCAACAUGAUCAGGCACCUGGUGGAGGAGGGGUGUGAGGUGUUGGUGGUCACCACAGGGAAGGGGGUCUCAGCUCCUGGCACAGAUACCUCUGCCUAUAGGGAUGCUCCGGAGAAUUACCAUGGUGCAAGGGUGGUCAGCAGCUUUGCCAUUGGUUGCCCUUGGUACUGGCAGCUUCCCCUCUCCCUGGCGCUGUCACCCAGGAUAUUUUCAGAGCUGAGGAAAUUCAACCCUGACCUCAUUCAUUGCUCCACACCUGGCUUGAUGGUUUUUUCGGCCUGGCUUUAUUCGAAGCUCUUGAGGCUGCCUCUGGUGUUUGCCUACCACACACACCUUCCAAAGUACCUCCCUAGGUACAAUAUAAGUUUUUUGAUUCCAGCACUGUGGUCACUCUUGCGGCUGCAUCGCAUAGCCCACCUUACUCUCGUGACCAGCACAAUGCUGAGGAAUGAGUUCCUGGAGCAAGACGCUGCGCCUGCAGAGUCUCUGCAGGUAUGGCGCAAAGGAAUCGACACGGACAUGUUCAAUCCGCGCUUCAAGAGCCAAGAGAUGCGAGAGAGGUUGACGGCAGGCAAUCCAGAGGCUCCUGUGCUUGUGCAUGUGGGACGAUUGGGUAGUGAGAAGAACUUGAAAUUUCUCAAGGGGAUGCUCGCCAGGCUGCCAGGUGCUCGGUUGGCAUUUGUUGGCGAUGGCCCAGCCCGUGAAGAGCUGGAAGCACACUUCAGAGGCACUCCGACAGUGUUCCUUGGAAUGCUUCAUGGAGAUGAGCUGUCAGCAGCUUAUGCCAGUGGUGACGUCUUUGUGAUGCCCUCCGAGAGCGAGACCCUUGGGUUCGUUGUGCUUGAGGCCAUGGCAUCACAGGUCCCUGUGGUGGCUGUAAAGGCUGGAGGCAUUCCUGACAUCAUCCACAGUGAAGGUGUCGGUGGAUAUCUGUACCAGCCGGGAGACAUAGAGGGUGCCACGAACUUGGUUAAACGUCUCCUUGACAAUGACGAGCUAAGGAUGGCUGCGGGCGCUGCUGCCCGAGAAGAAACAACCAAGUGGGACUGGAGAGCGGCUACCCGCCAAUUGUUGAAUGCGCAGUAUCCAGUGGCCAUGGCCGCAGCGAAAGCAGAAUACGGCAGCGAAACAUCGCCGAGACCAAGUGGAGACUCGCAGACACGCCAAGGGGAAGCUGGCGCACCAGCAUUUGCUUGA